GCUUUUUGAAAAGAAAUGAUAUGCUGCAAAACUGUUAUUUGGAUAAUAUGCUGUAUGUCACUUACUAAUGCAUUACUGCAUGAUACUAUCACUGACAAUAACACUAUGAUAUGCCCACCAAUUCUUGAUAAAGCUGUUCAAGGUGGGUUUGUUAAUCGUAUAGUAGCAUGUUCCUUUAAUAAACAAAAUUGCAGCUAUCAAAUAUCAGGUUUUGUCAAAAGUAUAGAUGUUCCAUCUUCAAGACUUCCAAACAAUUCUUUUACUCCAAGCAAUGGUCCUGGUUAUGUAUAUGGAGAUAAUGGUUCAUUUCGAGUUGAUGUUCCUGCAAGCUUAUAUGAUGAUAUAAAAAAUUUUGAUAUUUAUAUAACAAUUGGGUAUUUCUUUAAAAAUGGAACAUAUUAUUUUGGAGUGGCAAAUACUAACGGAGGUUUUUACAAAGUUUUAAGUGUACUUACAGAUAGCUCAUAUUCAGUUAAUUGGGUUGUUUUAAAUGCAAGAUAUUCUCUUACUUCGCUUGGUUUUAAUUUUAAUCUUUAUGGAAGUGGUGAUUUUAUAAGAUUUGAUGAUGUCUGCAUUUAUCAAGUCUGUAAAACUGGUUUUGUAUUCAAUAAUGCAUCAAGUCUAUGUGAAGACAUUAAUGAAUGUGCUUUAUCAAGUACAAACAAUUGCACAGUUAAUGCUAGCUGUAAUAAUUUCGUUGGUGGAUACAACUGCAUAUGUAAAAAAGGUUUCAAUACAAGUAAUGGUGAUAUAGAAUUGCUUUCAAAUCUCUGUUUAGACAUCAACGAGUGUGAAUUUUCAAACAAAAACAACUGCUCAGUGAAUGCAACAUGCAACAAUCUGGUUGGUGGAUACAACUGCACAUGUAAAAGUGGGUUCAAUACAAGUACGGGAGGAAUAGAAUCUCUUUCAAAUCAGUGUUUGGACAUUGAUGAAUGUGCUUUGUCAAACAAAAAUAACUGCUCAGUGAACGCAAUCUGUAACAAUUUCAUUGGUGGAUUCAACUGCACAUGCAAAAGUGGUUUCAACACAAGUAAUGGUGGAGUAGAGUUGCAGUUAAAUCAAUGUCUUGAUAUUAAUGAAUGUGCUUUGUCAAACAAAAAUAACUGCUCAGUGAAUGCAACAUGUAACAAUCUGGUUGGUGGAUACAACUGCAUAUGUAAAAGUGGUUUUUAUACAAGUAGUGGAGGAGUGGAAUCUCUUUUAGAUAUGUGUUUAGAAAUAAAUAGCAUUGGAUUAAAUAACACAUGUAAAGAUAUCUCUCCAACAGAACGAACUGAUUGUGGCUGGCCUGGAAUAUCAAAAAGUGAAUGCUACCAACGUAGCUGCUGCUUUGAUAGCUCUAUAAUAAAUGUCCGAUGGUGUUUUUUUCCGAUCAACUAUAAUAAAUGCGCUUUAUCAAACAGUUGUUCAAUUAAUGCAACCUGUAACAAUUUGGUUGGUGGAUAUAACUGCAUAUGUAAAAGUGGUUUUAACACAAGUAAUGGUGGAAUAGAGUCACUUUCAAACCAAUGUCUAGACAUUAACGAAUGUGCAUUGUCAACGAAAAACAACUGCUCUGCUAAUGCCAUAUGUAAUAAUUUGGUUGGUGGAUACAACUGCACAUGUAAAAGUGGGUUCAAUACAAGUAACGGAGGAAUAGAAUCUCUUUCCGAUCAGUGUCUGGAUAUUAAUGAAUGUGUUUUUUCAAACAAAAACAAUUGCUCAUCUAAUGCAACAUGUAACAAUCUGGUUGGUGGGUACAAGUGCACAUGUAAAAGUGGUUUCAAUACGAGUAACGGCCAAAUAGAGUUGCUCACAGACCAAUGCCUCGACAUCAAUGAAUGUGCCUUGUCCAACAAGAACAACUGCUCAGUUAACGCAACCUGUAACAAUUUGGUUGGUGGAUACAACUGCACGUGUAAAAGUGGUUUCAACACAACUAACGGUGGAAUUGAGUUGCUCUCAAAUCAAUGUCUAGACAUUAACGAAUGUGCAUUGUCAACGAAAAACAACUGCUCUGCUAAUGCCAUAUGUAAUAAUUUGGUUGGUGGAUACAACUGCACAUGUAAAAGUGGGUUCAAUACAAGUAACGGAGGAAUAGAAUCUCUUUCCGAUCAGUGUCUGGAUAUUAAUGAAUGUGUUUUUUCAAACAAAAACAAUUGCUCAUCUAAUGCAACAUGUAACAAUCUGGUUGGUGGGUACAAGUGCACAUGUAAAAGUGGUUUCAAUACGAGUAACGGCCAAAUAGAGUUGCUCACAGACCAAUGCCUCGACAUCAAUGAAUGUGCCUUGUCCAACAAGAACAACUGCUCAGUUAACGCAACCUGUAACAAUUUGGUUGGUGGAUACAACUGCACGUGUAAAAGUGGUUUCAACACAACUAACGGUGGAAUUGAGUUGCUCUCAAAUCAAUGUCUAGACAUUAACGAAUGUGCAUUGUCAACGAAAAACAACUGCUCUGCUAAUGCCAUAUGUAAUAAUUUGGUUGGUGGAUACAACUGCACAUGUAAAAGUGGGUUCAAUACAAGUAACGGAGGAAUAGAAUCUCUUUCUGAUCAGUGUCUGGAUAUUAAUGAAUGUGUUUUUUCAAACAAAAACAAUUGCUCAUCUAAUGCAACAUGUAACAAUCUGGUUGGUGGGUACAAGUGCACAUGUAAAAGUGGUUUCAAUACGAGUAACGGCCAAAUAGAGUUGCUCACAGACCAAUGCCUCGACAUCAAUGAAUGUGCCUUGUCCAACAAGAACAACUGCUCAGUUAACGCAACCUGUAACAAUUUGGUUGGUGGAUACAACUGCACGUGUAAAAGUGGUUUCAACACAACUAACGGUGGAAUUGAGUUGCUCUCAAAUCAAUGUCUAGACAUUAACGAAUGUGCAUUGUCAACGAAAAACAACUGCUCUGCUAAUGCCAUAUGUAAUAAUUUGGUUGGUGGAUACAACUGCACAUGUAAAAGUGGGUUCAAUACAAGUAACGGAGGAAUAGAAUCUCUUUCCGAUCAGUGUCUGGAUAUUAAUGAAUGUGUUUUUUCAAACAAAAACAAUUGCUCAUCUAAUGCAACAUGUAACAAUCUGGUUGGUGGGUACAAGUGCACAUGUAAAAGUGGUUUCAAUACGAGUAACGGCCAAAUAGAGUUGCUCACAGACCAAUGCCUCGACAUCAAUGAAUGUGCCUUGUCCAACAAGAACAACUGCUCAGUUAACGCAACCUGUAACAAUUUGGUUGGUGGAUACAACUGCACGUGUAAAAGUGGUUUCAACACAACUAACGGUGGAAUUGAGUUGCUCUCAAAUCAAUGUCUAGACAUUAACGAAUGUGCAUUGUCAACGAAAAACAACUGCUCUGCUAAUGCCAUAUGUAAUAAUUUGGUUGGUGGAUACAACUGCACAUGUAAAAGUGGGUUCAAUACAAGUAACGGAGGAAUAGAAUCUCUUUCCGAUCAGUGUCUGGAUAUUAAUGAAUGUGUUUUUUCAAACAAAAACAAUUGCUCAUCUAAUGCAACAUGUAACAAUCUGGUUGGUGGGUACAAGUGCACAUGUAAAAGUGGUUUCAAUACGAGUAACGGCCAAAUAGAGUUGCUCACAGACCAAUGCCUCGACAUCAAUGAAUGUGCCUUGUCCAACAAGAACAACUGCUCAGUUAACGCAACCUGUAACAAUUUGGUUGGUGGAUACAACUGCACGUGUAAAAGUGGUUUCAACACAACUAACGGUGGAAUUGAGUUGCUCUCAAAUCAAUGUCUAGACAUUAACGAAUGUGCAUUGUCAACGAAAAACAACUGCUCUGCUAAUGCCAUAUGUAAUAAUUUGGUUGGUGGAUACAACUGCACAUGUAAAAGUGGGUUCAAUACAAGUAACGGAGGAAUAGAAUCUCUUUCCGAUCAGUGUCUGGAUAUUAAUGAAUGUGUUUUUUCAAACAAAAACAAUUGCUCAUCUAAUGCAACAUGUAACAAUCUGGUUGGUGGGUACAAGUGCACAUGUAAAAGUGGUUUCAAUACGAGUAACGGCCAAAUAGAGUUGCUCACAGACCAAUGCCUCGACAUCAAUGAAUGUGCCUUGUCCAACAAGAACAACUGCUCAGUUAACGCAACCUGUAACAAUUUGGUUGGUGGAUACAACUGCACGUGUAAAAGUGGUUUCAACACAACUAACGGUGGAAUUGAGUUGCUCUCAAAUCAAUGUCUAGACAUUAACGAAUGUGCAUUGUCAACGAAAAACAACUGCUCUGCUAAUGCCAUAUGUAAUAAUUUGGUUGGUGGAUACAACUGCACAUGUAAAAGUGGGUUCAAUACAAGUAACGGAGGAAUAGAAUCUCUUUCCGAUCAGUGUCUGGAUAUUAAUGAAUGUGUUUUUUCAAACAAAAACAAUUGCUCAUCUAAUGCAACAUGUAACAAUCUGGUUGGUGGGUACAAGUGCACAUGUAAAAGUGGUUUCAAUACGAGUAACGGCCAAAUAGAGUUGCUCACAGACCAAUGCCUCGACAUCAAUGAAUGUGCCUUGUCCAACAAGAACAACUGCUCAGUUAACGCAACCUGUAACAAUUUGGUUGGUGGAUACAACUGCACGUGUAAAAGUGGUUUCAACACAACUAACGGUGGAAUUGAGUUGCUCUCAAAUCAAUGUCUAGACAUUAACGAAUGUGCAUUGUCAACGAAAAACAACUGCUCUGCUAAUGCCAUAUGUAAUAAUUUGGUUGGUGGAUACAACUGCACAUGUAAAAGUGGGUUCAAUACAAGUAACGGAGGAAUAGAAUCUCUUUCCGAUCAGUGUCUGGACAUUAACGAAUGUGAAUUGUCAACCAAAAACAAUUGCUCUUCUAAUGCUAUUUGUAAUAAUUCAAUUGGUGGGUACAAUUGCCUAUGUAAAAGUGGUUUCAAUACAACUAAGGGUGAAAUCGAAUCACUUUCAGAAUUAUGUGUUGGUAAUCAAUGCAUUGUUGCAAAUCCUUGCAAUUGGUCAAACAGUCUUUGCUUAUACUUUAAUGGGAGCUAUGAGUGCAAAUGUAAACCUGGUUGGGUUUUGGGUAGCAACAAUAUCAGCUGUGUUGACUUUGAUGAAUGUUCACAAAGACCAUGUGGAGAUUUGAACUGUGUGAACAAAAUUGGUUCUUAUGAAUGUCAGUGCUUGUUUGGAACAAUUUUUAACUCAUCAUCAAUGAUGUGUGAAGUUGUAAAUGAAUGCCAAGGAAUGAUAAAUGAAUAUAUAUGCAAUCCAGCUAAUGGCUUUUGUGUUAGUGUUAACUUUCCUUUACAACCUAAAUGUGUCUGUCCUAAAGGCUAUACAAUAUCAUUGGAAAAAAAAUGUGAAGAUGUCAACGAGUGUUUAACGUGGUGUUUAGGUCCAAAUGCAAAAUGCGAAAAUUAUGCUGGUGGUUAUCAGUGCACGUGUGCCGCUGGUUAUUCGUUUAAUUAUGGAAUACAUCAAUGCACUCGUAUCAAAAAUGAAACUUCAGACAAGCUUUACAAAGUCAUGACGGUAUUAAAAAAAAGAGGCUGUCGUUCUCUUCGUCAGAAAUGUGGUUAAUCGAAAAGCUUUGAAAAAGU